AUGACCUUCAUCGGGACCUCAUCAGAGCCUCAUCAGGACCUCAUUAGAGCCUGUUCAUGGCCUCAUAAUGACCUUCAUCAGGACCUCAUCAUGGCCUCAUCAGGACCUCAUCAUGGCCUCAUCAGGACCUCAUCAGGACCUCAUCAGGACCUCAUCAUGGCCUCAUCAGGACCUCAUCAUGGCCUCAUCAGGACCUCAUCAUGGCCUCAUCAGGACCUCAUCAGGACCUCAUCAUGGCCUCAUCAGGACCUCAUCAUGGCCUCAUCAGGACCUCAUCAUGGCCUAGUCAGGACCUCAUCAUGGCCUAGUCAGGACCUCAUCAGGACCUCAUCAUGA